UAGGAAUCAAUAUCAGUAAUCAUCAAUAUUAUGGAUGUUAUAAAUACUUUAUAUCUGGUUAUAAAUGCUUUAGUCAGUUCAAAACAUGUUUUUAUUAUUCUGUAUUUGUAUUAUAUUGAGACAGUAUAUCGAUUAUAGAUCAUAUAACUGCUAUUAGACCAACACGGGAUCUUAAGACUGUCAUACUAUAGUGGCUUUCCCUCCCUUAGUCCCUUAGUCAGAAUAAGUAGACGAUGGAAUAUAAUAGCUAUGGCGUCAGGAUAGUACUUUGUCCAAAAAUAGGCUUUCAGUCGGAAACGCUGUCUGGGUGAUCAACCGGUAGGUCAGUCACGGCGAGCCCACCUUUUUUUUUUUUAAAGCACUGAGGCAAAGGCUGAGGAACAUUCUCCGGUAGUCGGGGGCGGGGCUAGAGUCGGUGGUUAUUCGGUGCCACUUUGCUUUGUCAGGGGAUUCCGGGGACGUGCGGUGACGUCAGCGAGUGGACGAACGGAGCAGGAGGGGCAUGUGUGUGGAAGAAGCAGCCAGUGAGUUGGUGUGUGCCUCUGUACUGACAGCAUCAUAGUUUGCGCACCGAGCCAAGAGGCUUGUCCCUUUAAAACACAGCUCGGCUCAGUCAGCGCAACCCGAUCCCACUGGCUUAUGUCGAGAGCAAGAACGAGACACGGACUGUACAAAGAGCGACGGCAGGGAGAAAAACAGAAUAAUAAAAAGAUGAUCUCGCACGUCGACUGACACUAAAAUAAUUUCAAAGCCAGACAGAGACAUUAGUCGGGCGUCAAAGUGAUACAAGUUUAUGAGGGCUUUGAAAGGAAGCGAGUGAGACAGAGUGAACGCUGUAACGUUCUGCCGGCUGGGUCAGUUGUCUGAGUAGCUGGGAUCCAUCUGCACAGAGAGAAACUCGCGGAUACAUACAGAUCCAACUAGCUACUGCCUGGAUUGAGGAAACUCAGCCAAAUUCACUACACCGACAGCCUGCGAAGAAACCAUCCUUGGUUGUUUUGGGAAUAUUCUCAGCGACAUCCUCGAGGGCUACUCCUUGACCGACUGGCUGAAGAAAUCCCAGAGAUGAUUGGCUGUGGAAGCUGAGACUCGACGAGACAGAGGAUCUUGAACUCGGUGCUAUUCUGAAAGUUCAGCUGGCUGUAUUGUAUUGGUGCUGUUGACGUGUCGAGGGUCUUCCUCGGUGUUGGCGCGUGGCCUUCUCUGUGCUGCGGUGGAGGGCUUCACAGACGCAGCUAGUGUGGCUGGAUGCAUCACGCAGUAGAGCAGUUUGGCGGGCGUGGCACACGGGACUCCUUCCCUCUGGACGCACUCAGCCGGGGAACAUGGGCUCCCGUGGGCGGCCACGUCACCUGGGCGCCACCUGCCAGGUGUCCGCCAGGUGUCAAUCAACACCAGCUCCUCCCCCAUCUACCGCCCAGUCACAUGGGUGGACUGAACCAUCCCAGUAAAUUCUUCAAUAAUGGGCCCAUGCAGGUGCGUGGCAGUGAGAAGCAGGAGCUGGCCCAGGCCAUGUUACCUGGCCUCCAGAGAGCGGACCAGCAACACCUCCCUCCUCCCCCUCACAGGGCGUGGGAACAGCCGGGUCAGCUGUACGAGUCGCCCCCCCUUCCUCAUCCAUCCGUACCCCUGCCCAGCGAGCACGCGACCCGUCUGCAUGGCGGGUAUAGCCCAGGGCCUCCCGCCAGCCUGCCCCCCAGGCCCAAUCAGCUACUGAAGUAUGUGGACCCUCAGGAGCAGCAUCUUCUCAGGGGUCCGACAUCGCUGGGUGACGAUAUGUGGGCUCAGGUGCAGCAGAGGGGUUACCCAGGGAAGAUGUUGGGAGGGCAGCUGAAGAGACCGGCCCCCCCUCUCGGGGAGUACUCGGUCAUCCGGCACACCCCGCACCCCUCCUCUCGCCCCAAUGAGGACUGCCCCAGUCCCAGCAAGAGGAAGAGGAGCUCUGAGCAGGUUCCACACCCAGGCAUACAGAGGUUCUCUGGCCCAGGAGGGCACCCCCUGCCCCCACAGCAGCAGCAGCCCCCGUCCCACUACCCCCCUCCUCCACCCAAACCUGCUUUCUGGAACCCCAUGCACAAGGAGUCAGUCAAGUCCUGCAUGGGCGGCUACACCUACAAACCUCCUGCCCCCUCGCCCAUCUCCCCACCCCUCACCUCCUCCCCGGGAGGCUACCCUCAGAGGCACAGCGGGCCCCACCCACCCCACAAGCCCUCAUUCUCACCUCAGGCCCUCAAUCAACCCCCCCACAACAACCCCCACAGCUCUCACCCGCAAUACCCUAAACAACCAGCCCCGCCCCGCAUGGGGAUGGAGCCCAGGGGAGGUCCUCCUACCCCCCAGAGAGGCCCUACCACUGGGGGUAGGGGAGUCAACAACCAUCCACCUCCUCACCACCACCAACCUCCAGCAAGGGGGGACAGGGACAGUAGGGAGCCCCCCCAACCCUCACCAGCAAACCACACCGGCGUGCCUUACAGCCAGAACCCCCACUUCCAGCCCCACCCCGGGCUGGGCCACACUGCCCCCAACCCCCCUGCCAGCAGCACAGCAGUACCUCAGCAGCACAACCCCAGUCCCUCCCACCACGAGGCCUGGAGGCCCCAGGGACCGGGGCAGGGCAGGCCACAAAACAACCACCCCCUGGAGUCGGGUCACUACAGGGCAGGGCUGGUACCUCAGGGGCAGCAGAACCAGGCUGGGGAGAACCGGGGUCCCGCGUCCCUCCAACACCAUCAGCACCCCCACAUCAGCUCCCCUCAGGUUCCAACCAGAACCCCCGUCAUCAUCUCCACCCCCCAGGCCCUCUGCUCACAGUCCCAAAACAACCGCUACAACAACAGUAGUAGUAUUACUGGACCUGCACUCUCCACUGUGAUCACAGCACCACCUGCUGUGUGUUCUGCUAACAGCACCUGUAGGAGAGGCAGGGAGACUAUGUCACUGCCCCACCAGUCCUCAGCUGCGUCUCAGCUGGAGAGAGACCCAGAGAGGAGCCCCAUCCACCCCAUGCUGCACCCAGGGUAUCAGGGAGCCCACGCGGGCACUGCCAACCACCCACACCGGGCGCCACCCAGGCCCCAGCAGCAGCAGUUCCCUAGCCAGCACCACCAACAGUCUGUCCAGGGGAAGUCUUACUAUGGACGGUCUGAUCCGGAUGGAACUCCGGCCUCCUCUUCAUCCUCCUCCUCUUCGUCAUUCUCAGGACACCAGAGGGCAGGGGAGAGCGUCAUCACCAGCAGGGGGUCUCACCCCAGCCCCCUCACCCAGACUGAGGUCACUAGCUCGCCCCUGCACCGCCCCAUGCCCGUCCCACAACCCCACACUGUCAGCUCUGCCCCCCAGCCAGCCUCCAGCCCCUCCUACUCCAGACUCCGUGCCCAGCCUGCCCCCCAGGCUACCACCACCUCCUCAGCCAAGGGGUAUCUACAUUCUCGACCCCAGCCACCUCCACCCUCAGCCCCCCAGUCCAUGGAGGAGGCUCUGGAUAAACUGGAUGCUGAGCUCCAGGGUCAUAUGCAGGCCGAGGAGAGGAGGGAGAGGGAGCAGGAAGAGAGGAAGAGGAGGGAGUGGGAGAGAGAGCAGGAAGAGCGGAAGAGGAGGGAGAGGGAGCAGGAAGAGAGGAAGAGGAGGGAGUGGGAGAGAGAGCAGGAAGAGCGGAAGAGGAGGGAGUUGGAGAGAGUGGAAGAGGAGAAGAAAAGAAGGGAAUGGGAAAAAGAGCAAGAGGAAAGGAAGAGGAGGGAUUUGGUGAGGGAACGAGAGGAAGAGGAGAGGAAGAGGAGGACUGAGUUGAUGAAAGAGGAGGAGAGGAGGAAGGUGGAGGAGGAGAUGAGCCGGAGUAAUAAAAGAAGAGAGGAGUCUGCCAUCCAGAGUCUGGAGAGACUCCUGUCCGGCAACUCCUCUGCUCCUCCACCUCCUCGCCUGUCCACCGUCUCCUCCUUUGUCCCACCCACCCCCAGCCAGUCAUCCUCCUCGCCCCCCUAUCCCUGGCUGAGCCGGGGCGGGGCUCCCUCUUGUCCCCCAGGCCAGGCACCACCACCUCCCGCUCCCCUGGAGAUGUCACGGCCGCCCCCUCUCACCCCCCAGACGGAGUACGCCAGGGAGAAGCAGAGGCAGAGAGAGAUGUGGGGUGAAACCCCCCCCUCAUCAUUACACACUAGUAACGUCACCACAGGGAACAACGCCCUGACCUCGUCGGGGCCCUUUUACCCCAACCACCCCUCAAAUAAGACCUUGACACAAGGUGCCCCCCCCCGCCCAUCCAAAGACACCCCCCAUCCCAAGGAGAACGAUAGUCAGCAGACCCGAGGGGGAGCGAUGGGCGCUGUGGAUCCCCUCCACACCUCCAGCACGGUCACCCUCCGAGAGCCCCCCAAACUCUUCCAGGCAUUCCCCAGGGAUAGCCUUUCGUCUAGGCCCAGCACCUCCAGGAUCAGCAGCAGCACGUCCAGCACAGGGGGCCUCCCCAACAAGCGCAUGCCCAGCGGAGGCCUAGGCAGCCUGGGUUGCAGCACCAGCAGCAGUAACAGCGGCGACUCCGACAGCGCCCAGUUUGAGGAGGAACCCUUGGAGCUCUCAACGUUACUCCCGGAUGGUCUGGCCAACAUCAUGGCCAUGCUGGAUGAGUCCAUCAAGAAAGAGGAGGAAUCUCUGUACUGCAGCGACCGAAACGGUGCUAGGGAGACCAUCAUAAAUGCCUUCUCUGCUAUGCCGCCGGCCAAGAGCUAUCUGUGCGCCCCGGACCUCAUCCCAGCGCCCAAUCAGCAACCGCAGGACGACUUUGUUGGGACGAACGUCCACGCCAGCCCCCCUGUACUGAGCCGACAGGGCUCCCUGGCCUCCCCCUGCAGCCGGACCUCCUCCAUCAACGAGGAAGACGAGGAGGGUUGUCUCGCCCUGAAACCCGCUUUGGAGCUCCACGAGCCAGCCGUCCCGCUCAACUCCGACCCCCAGUCAGGGACUAACUACAGCCACAGCGAUCUGGCUAAACUCUACGGUCUCCCGGAACCUGUGAAGAGCGAGGGUGAUGACGAGGACGAGGAAGAUGAGUCGGAGACCCCGUCCAGUUCCCCUCCCCCGCCCCAGAGGCCCCACCUCCACCAGACGGGGGUGAGCAGCACCUUCAAGUCUCAGGCCGCCCUGGAGAACCAGAAGUACGCCUACCGAGGAGGUCCGUUUGGCCGCCCGCCCCCCUCUGCUCUGGGGGGACUGAAGUACUCCUCCUCCCUCUCUCUGGGUCCCGACAUCCAACAGCAGCAGAAUAGCACCUCCCCCACCUCGGAUUCCACGAAUCACCCAGGCUUCACGCCGUCUACGGCCCCUCCCCUAAAGACCCGCCCACACUCCCCCUCCAGCUGGGAGGCAAAGAGACAGGUCAAUAUCAAGAUGGAGGAGCCUGAUAUCUGGAGAGAUGGGAGAGAGGCCAUGGAGAAGAGGCUCCAUUCCACGAGGGUGGAGUCCAAGUGUUAUAACUCUACACAACCCAUCAAGAUGGAGCCCAAGGAAGAGGCCACGCUUACAACCAUCUCUGAGUCUUCUCUGGCCGAGCUGGGCCGAAGCUGUGAGGUUCUCCUGACCCGACACUCCAGCUCCCUCCCCAGAAAGAACCCCUCCGACAGGACCAAGACUGAGCUCAAACAUGAAGCCAGGCACCACAAGCCCGAGAGAGAGCGGGACCGACACCGAGAGAAGGAGAGGAAACCCGGCCGGAGCAAGAAGCACGGGGAGAGGAAAGAGGGGAAGAAAAAGCCGAGGGAGAAACGAGACGAGAUGUCCUCCUCCUCCUCUUCGUCCUCUCACUCCUCCUCCUCCAGUUCCAGUUCGAAGCGGCACAGGCACAAGGAGAAGAAGGACCACCGGCGGAUCCUCGGGAACCUGGACCUUCAGCGCAAGGAGAUCCGGGAGAAGGACCGCGGCCGCGUUCGCGCCGACACGAGGAGGAAGGAGGCUGGGUCCACCAGCGAAGGUGAAACCUCCGAAUGGGCGUCCCGUAGUCGAAGUGAAAGAAGUUCAGGAGUCAUGUCCGCUUCUCAGGACAGAGGGGCUGGAUCAACGCUGCAGGGUUCAGCUGCUGACUUCAUGAAGCUGAAGGCCCUGUCGGACGGGCCGCCCAAGGAGCUGAAGGCCCUGUCGGACGGGCCGCCCAAGGAGCUGAAGGCCCUGUCGGACGGGCCGCCCAAGGAGCUGAAGAUCAGGCUGAUCAAGGUGGAGAGCGGCGACCGAGAGACGUUCAUCGCCUCUGAGGUGGAGGAGAAGCGGACACCGCUGGAGGAGAUCAGCAUCGAGAACACCGCCGCAGAGGUCAUCAGGGCCUGCAAGGGUGCGAGGGUGAAGGGGAAGUUCAGAGAGUCCUACCUGCUCCCUGCGUUCUCUGUCAAGCCGCUAUUUACUACAGAGCCCCUCCCACGGGAUAAACUCAACCCCCCCACGCCCAGCAUCUAUUUGGAGAGUAAGAGAGAUGCCCUCUCCCCAGUACUACUGCAGUUCUGUACAGACCCCAAGAACCCUGUUACUGUCAUCAGAGGACUGGCCGGGUCCCUACGACUCAACCUGGGUCUGUUCUCCACGAAGUCUCUGGUGGAUGCUAACUCUGAGCAUGCUGUGGAGGUGAGGACCCAGGUACAGCAGCCUGCUGAUGAGAACUGGGACCCCAGCGGCACAGGGCAGACCUGGCCCUGCGAGAGCAGCCGCUCACACACCACCAUCGCCAAGUACGCCCAGUACCAGGCCUCAUCCUUCCAGGAGAGUCUGCAGGAGGAGAAGGGUAGUGAUGAAGAGGCUGAGGAAGAUGAGGAAGAACAGGAGAAGACGAGUAAGGAGACCAGCCCUGAGACGCCUAGCAAAGAACCCACAAGUAAAGAUGCUACAAGUACUGAACAGAAACCAGUGGGGAAGAUAAUAAAGUUUGGCACCAACAUUGACCUGUCAGACCCCAAGAGGUGGAAGGCCCAGCUGCAGGAGCUCCAGAAGCUUCCGGCCUUCAUGCGCGUGGCGUCCAGCGGCAACAUGCUGAGCCACGUCGGUCACACCAUCCUGGGCAUGAACACUGUCCAGCUCUACAUGAAGGUCCCCGGGAGCCGCACGCCUGGCCACCAGGAGAACAACAACUUCUGCUCUGUCAACAUCAACAUUGGGCCUGGGGACUGCGAGUGGUUCUCCGUGCACGAAAACUACUGGCCGGCCAUCGACGACUUCUGUGAAAAGCACGGAGUAGACUACCUGACCGGUUCCUGGUGGCCUGUUCUAGAGGACCUGUACCGAUCCAACAUCCCCGUGUACCGCUUCAUUCAGAGGCCCGGGGACCUGGUGUGGAUCAACGCCGGGACCGUCCACUGGGUCCAGGCUGUGGGCUGGUGCAACAACAUCGCCUGGAACGUGGGCCCACUCAACUCCUACCAGUACCAGCUGGCCCUGGAGAGGUUUGAGUGGAACGAGGUCAAGAAGGUCAAGUCCAUUGUCCCCAUGAUCCACGUGUCCUGGAACGUGGCCCGCACCGUCAAGGUCACCGACCCCGACACAUACAAGAUGAUCAAGCACUGCCUCCUGCAGUCCAUCAAGCACAUCCAGGUUCUGCGAGACCAGCUGGUAGCAGCAGGGAAGAAGAUCUCCUACCAGAGCCGAGUGAAGGACGAACCAGCUUACUACUGCAACGAGUGUGAUGUGGAGGUGUUUGACCUGCUGUUCGUGACGUCUGAGAGUGGCAGCAGGAAGACCUAUGUGGUCCACUGUGAGGACUGUGCCCGCCAGAGAAACCCCAGCCUCUCCAACAACGUAGUGGUGUUGGAGCAGUACCGCAUGGAGGAGCUAAUGAGUACCUACGACGCAUUCAGCCUGACUGCAGCUCCUAGUACACGGUGAUAAAGCUCCUCCCCCUCCACGUCUCACAGCCAUAACCAAAACUCCUGCCAGACAGGACUUGACAUCUUUAAAAAAAAACUUCUUUUUUUCCCCCCUUUGUUAUUUAAGAUGUUUUUACUACUGCUAAUACUUGCCGAUCAAACAGCCAAUCGAAAACCAGUUUACUACUCAUCACUGUUUACAAAACCGAACCGCCAAUCAAAUGCCAGUUUACCCUUGUUGUAGACUGUUCAUGAGCAGCGUUCUGGUUUCCGGAGGACUUGAAAAAAAUGGAAAGGCAGUUGGUGCUAGUUGCCAUUGUGAACAAGCAACAAAGGGUUGACAGUUAUCAAUGGCAUGAAUUUUAUUAUUUCAAUUUAAAAAAAAAAAAUUAUGAAUUCUGAAAUUUGUAAAUGAUGUGUAUUUUAUGUGGGGUGCUGUUUGUUUGUUUUUCUAAAAUAACGUAUUUUCUUUAAGACUAGAUCAGCCCUAGAUAUAUACCACAUUGGCCUUGUGACUUGUAUUUAGAAGAUAAAGAAGAUGCAUUUUUUUCUAAAAGCAUUAAGAAUAAGGAGACACAAUAAAAAUACAAUUGUUUGAAAUGCUUAGAAACAUACGGGUUUUAAAGUCUUUUUUUAGAUUUUCUGUUUAGUCUUUCUUACUCUUGUAUGUGUUGUGUUUUUACAAAUGUAUAAUGUUUAUUUCCACGGGAACGCGAAAGAGUCAAUUGUCACAACUCUUUAGGAGUACAUCAGGUCUUUUUGUUUUAAUGAAUUGCUUCCAUUUUUGCAUCGUUUUGUACCUCUGAUUUUGUUAGUUUUUUUGCUUAAUAUACAGAUUUAUAAUUUUUCUUCUGGAUUUUACAUUGUACAUUUCUUUUUUUAUUUAAAAUGUUUCUUAUAUUUAUAGGAUGUCAAUGUUCUCCCCUUACUUUUAUUAGGGUUUGAAAGUCCUCUGUAACAACUGAAAGGGUGUGUUAUGGGAGGACAAGGUUCUCUGGUGCUUCUUCUGGUUAUAUAUAUAUAUAUAUAUAUAUAUAUAUGAUAUUUCUAAUCAAUAUAACUUACACUUUCCCUGUAGUUGGUAGGAUCCACAGCCGAGGUUGAGUUGACAAAUGGAAUACAGUCUUUUUAAUGCGUGGGGGGGAAAUUGUCAUUGUUUUUCAUUCUUUUUAGGGGGGCUUUUAUUUUUUAUUUUUUUAUAUAUAUAUAUUAUUGUAAUCUGUUGGAAUAUUGACUUAUGGGAUAGAAAGGUGCUACAGUUUUUGGAUAAACUAUUUUUGUUUUUCCUUCAAGAUAAAUUCUAUUUUUCCUGUUGCAAUAUACCUUCCUUUUCCUUC